UGUUAUAUGGAUAAAAGAAAACCUGCAGGAAACUUUUAUUUUGAAAAACAAAAUGCCAAAGAAAAAGAAAAGUGUUGGCGUGAGCCCCUCAAGAAAGAGCAUAAACUCAGAAACAAUUGCUCCUAUUGGCUUGGCGUCCUCUCCAGUAGAUCUUUCAACGUUGCAAGCACCACAUGGGGUCAAUAAAGAAGAGCUCUUCAGCAGCCUGUCAGAAAUGUUUUCUGAUUUGGAUCCUACUGUCAUUUACAUGGUGCUAUCUGAGUGUGAUUUCAGAGUGGAAGACACUAUGGAUUAUCUACUAGAAUUGUCCACGGCUGCUAAGCGGGUAACGUCUUUGUCCGAAGUCUCAGGCUUUGAUUCCAUCUCUGCAUCAUUGUUUGUUGAAAAUCAGCCAAGCAUUGUGUCUAAUGAAACAGAGGACCAGAGUUCUUCUGAAAUAAAAACUGUGAAGUUAAAUGAAGAAUCGGAGGAGUUUUCAUCAUCGGGAGAACUGAUUUAUUUACUACGUAAUUCUUUUGGGAAACAUUAUCUCAAUAGUGAAUCGAAGGAUCUGAGGAAUGACCAAGUCUCAGGUACUCGGUCUCCAGCUUUGGGCAACAGUAGUUCUAGCCGUGUUAAGACGUUAUCUGAAUGUGCAAUGUCCAGCUUGGGUUAUGAUGCUGUACUUUCUUCCCAACAAAUGGAAGCAGACAGUGAAAAAGCGGAGAACUUCCUACCUACUUUAAACCCCGAUUACUAUAGAAUCUCUGAACCAGUUUUAGGAAAGUCCAGAGUUCAGGCAAACAACCCAUUGGAGGACAUGGCUAUCUUUGCACAAAUCCCAGAGAACUGUAGUUUGCCAGAAGUAGUACUAGACAGUAGUGCCGUUCCAGAAACCAUUACACAAACCAGCGUGGAAAUACCUUGUGCUAAUCCGGAUGAGAUACAGAAUGCUAUACUGGACCACACCAUGUUAAAUGGCAUGCCUACUCAGUUCUGCCAGGGAGUUGCUGAGCAUGAAGUGACUGCUUUUGACAAUUCUAGUUCCCAUGGCACUAACAAAGAGAAAAAUACAGCAGUUGUUUGUUAUAAUCCUAGAAAUAUUUCUGUUCCUGACUUGUGCCCAGCAGCCAGUUUUAAAUUGGCCCCUCUUGUGAAUGUUGACCAGUCUCAACAGGCAUGGAAUUCACAUAUUUCUGUUCUUCAGAAACACUGCCACGAGUCUACCUGGAAUUUAAUGGCUCCUGCCUUUUAUCCACAAAGUUAUAGCUUUGUAACUCCAGUUGCAUUCAGCCCAGAACACUGGCGAUCUACUUCAAAUUACAGGACUUUUGGAAAAAUAGAUGCCCCGCAAGAAUCUUCACAGUGCUGGGAUAUCUACUCUUCCUUGGUGAAGACCUUGGGAAAUAAAAAUGAGAGCCAAAAAACUAAUCUGUCUCAAGUACAUCAGCUUUCUGUUUCUCACAUGAGAAGAAAGACACCAUUUGUGGGUCAUGUGCUUGUUCUUCUCAGAGGAGUUCCAGGAUCUGGCAAAUCAUAUUUAGCAAGGUCUUUGCUUGAGGAUAAUCCUGGUGGAAUUAUUCUUAGUACAGAUGACUAUUUUUAUACAAAAAGUGGACAAUACCAGUUUAAUCCUGAUCGCUUAUCAGAGGCACAUGAAUGGAACUGGAAACGUGCCAAAGAAGCAUUCGAAAAAAGGGUCACUCCUAUAAUAAUAGACAACACAAAUAUACAGGCUUGGGAGAUGAAGCCUUAUGUUGCUUUGUCGCAGCAGCACAGCUAUAAAGUUAUAUUUCGUGAACCGGAUACUUGGUGGAAGUUUAAACCAAAAGAACUUGAAAGGCGAAAUAUUCAUGGAGUAUCUAAAGAAAAGAUCAAAAAAAUGUUGGAACGAUAUGAACGCUGCCUGACUAUUAGUGCAAUUUUGAACUCUUCAGUGCCAAGUGAAUUGAAAAGUGGAACCUUUGAAGAAGCUCUUCAUCACAAAAAGGGACAGGGGAAGGAAAAUACACUGUCUCAUGGGGGGAAAGAACCUUUUGCCCCGCCUUUAAAAUGCACAGAAUUGAGCAUGGAUGAGAAGCAUCUGUUCGAGGGAGAAGCACUGGAAAACCGGAACAUUUGGAAUGAAAAGAGAGAAAUUGGACAUAAAUCAUCAGAAUGCCGUUCUGAAUGUGGCGUCCCUGUGGAUGACUUGGAUAUUUACGCAUCACCCCCAAGAAGAGACGAAGUGGAGCCUGUUCUUGAAAUGGAAGUAAUUAAAGCUGACCUUGAGAAGUGUGAAGAAAGCACAGAUUCACAAUGCAAUGUUGAAGACGUUCAGGAGUACAAUAACAAGGAUUUAGACGUUCAAACUGAAGCUAAUCGGUGUAGUGACGUAUUACCAGAAACAGAACCAACGGAGACAAGAACCAGAAAUCAGGAAGGUUCCGAUUUAGAGAAAUCAGAAAGGCCGGAGAUACUAAAUUUUGUGGGAGAUUGGCCAGUAGAACAGACUAUGGGGCAGAGGCUGAAAAGAGCAAGACGGUUAGGGGAACACACCAUAAAGAAUGAUGAGGAAGAUAAAGGAAUAAAUACGCCCCUUCUUGACUCACUAAAAAACUUAGAUAUAGAUGGAAAAGUACACAAGGUGGUGCUACAGGAAAACAGGGAGGAAGAUGAUAACCGGCUGCCUGUCUGUAUGUCUGGUGCCGAUCCAGAGGAAGAUGCAUCAAGAUCACUCUUGGUAGGAGACUGGCCCAUCCAAAGUUUUUUAGAGCAAAGACAUCACAAAAUGAAAAGAAUGCCCAAGAGAGAUCUUAGUGAAUCAGAAGAGGUUACAGGUGAUCAUUAUGAUACCCACACAAGUGUUCUAAACACAUUGGCUGUCUUUCCUGGAACAUCAGAAAGCAGGGAAGAGUUACAGGUCUCAUCAAAGAGGGAAAACAGUCAGGCACUCGAAGCCCCAUCUUCUGAAAUUAUUAGUGAGAAAAAGCCUUUACAGAAUAAACGAACACGCAAGCAUAAUAAAUUAGCCCUGACGUUUACCAAAAUCUUGGCCCUUGGCAAGCCAGAGGAACAGUUGUCUUUGUCUCAUUUGCUGGAAGAGAAGGCAGGUGAGCACAGCUCAGCAGAGGCAAGUCAGUAUUCACAGACGGAGCCCAAAGAUUUUGCUCUUUUGUGGAGGCUUGAAAGAAAAAUGAUUGCUCCUGAGGAUAUCAAGGUGUUACACGGUACACUGGAUGGGUUCAUACCGAAAGGUGUUGACGCUGCUCCAGAUUGUACAGAGAAGAUACCGUAUAAAGUCACCUAUGAUAAAAGCACAUAUGUGGAAGAAAGGGAACUUGUCCAUAUUGAUGAAUCUGAGAAUCUAAAUAUUUUGUGUAAACUAUUUGGGUCCUUUUCUUUUGAUGCACUGAAGGACCUGUAUGAAAGGUGUAACCGGGACAUUGACUGGACUACAGGAAUCUUGUUAGAUUCUGCUGAGAAGCUGUGCAAAGAUGACAGCACUGAAUGUUUGCAGGAAACAAUGGCUCAGCUCCCUGGUAUGGCUCUUAACUCUCAGGGAGAUGCUAUCUAUGGAAAGAGUCUUGCAGAUCACCCCCAGAUAACCAGAACAUCUGGAAUUAUUCAGAACUCGGAAGAUGAGAAUUUCUCACCUGAUGAUGGAAAACCCGUGGAUGAUUCCAAGCUAAAUGCCGAAAUACUCAACUUACUAACAAAUGAUUUGCUUGUUUCUUCAGUAGAAAAUAAGAAUUUCAAUCAUAACGUUCCAAGUGGUCAUGUAAGUGAACUGGAUAACGAAAAACCUGUUUUAGAUACUCUGAGAACACAGACAAAAGAAAUAACCCCUACUGUACUGUUAGAAAAUGAUAAUCAGAGCGCUACUUUGAAUACUGAGAUUGGCUUCUGUGUUCCUGCGACUGUAUUUGAUUAUUUAAACGGAGGUCCCAUCACCGAGACAGAAACAGGUAACAGAUCUUCAGAGAAACAUCAAGAGUGUUCAGAAAUAAAAGGUGCAGCUGUUCAGGCGCUGCCGGAGAAUCCAGUACUUCCGAAGGGCUGUGUGAACACUGAAAGCCAGUCCGAGUCCUACAAAGAAAUGAAUUGUAAGCCUGCGUUUUCUGCUGCGCCAGAAAAUGAAGAAAGCAAAAUGCCUCACCAGGAUAAGUGUCAAACGAAAUUACUGAACCCCAUAUCCGUGUCACAGUCUGUGAAUAUAGAUUGCCUGGAGCUGGUCUUACCUCCUGAACUAGCCAUUCAGUUAAAUGAAAUAUUUGGACCAGUUGGUGUUGAUUCAGAGCUGUUAACUAAUGAAGAUUAUGUAGUUCAUAUUGAUCUGAAUUUGGCCAAAGAAAUUCAUGAAAAAUGGAAAGCAUCUAUUAUGAAGCGUCAGAAAAGAGAAGAAUUGCAUAAGCUGCUUGUUGAAGAUCCUACACAGUUUGAGCAGUUCUGUCUACGGGAUACGGACAAUGUCUUUCCUCAGCAUACAAACCAUCAAGUACAAAAAACUGCUUCCUUAGCCUCUUGCCCAUCUGCAGAAAGCAUGGCCGUUUCAGAAUUUUUCCCCUUCAUGGAUCACUGGAAUGUCCAGACACAGAAAGUUUCGCUCCGGGACAUAAUGUCUGAAGAAAUAGCUUUACAAGAAAAACAGGAACUGCAACGUUUUCCCUUCAUGGCUACAAAAGACUGUGCUGCCAUCCUGAAGGAGAAGCAACUACUGGAGAUGUUCCCAACCAUUAGCCCAAACUUCUUAAUGGACAUCUUCAAGGACUACAAUUAUUCUUUGGAACAAACGGUCCAGUUUCUGAACUGUGUCCUGGAGGCAGACCCAGUAAAAACAGUUGUAGCCAAAGAAACAGCUCAGGGUACAGCUCUCUCUUCUUACGGUGUUUUGAAGAGCCGAGAGAAAAAGGCCAAAAAGUGCAAGGAGUCAGAUGACAUCCUCUCUGACAAGAAAUUCCAGGACUUCAGAUACCCCGGAUACGAUGACUUCAGGGCAGAGGCUUUUCUUCACCAGAAGGAAUGGCAUGAGUGUCUGAGAAAAGCUGGGGAGGCCUAUCGCAUGGGAAUGAAGCCUGUAGCAGCAUUUUAUGUACAACGGGGCCGCCUGCAUGAGCAGAAGAUGAAAGAAGCGAACCACGAUGCUGCCGUGCAGAUCUUUGAGACGGUGAACGCCUCCUCGCUGCCUGAAAACCUUUUGGAUCUUCAUGGCCUUCAUGUGGAUGAAGCUUUGGACCAUCUGUCCAGAGUGUUGCAGGAGAAGACAGAAGAAUGCAGCCAAGCUGGUGGUAAACCAUAUCUCUACGUGAUCACAGGAAAGGGAAACCAUAGCCUGGGAGGUGUCGCUCGCAUCAGACCAGCAGUCAUUAAGUAUCUGGGAAGCCACAAAUUCAGGUUCACAGAAAUAAAGCCAGGCUGCUUGAAGGUCACGCUGAAGUAAAAGGGUGUUGUGAAGAGGACCGUGAAAUCUGAGAGUACGGAGACACACGGGCAGCUUCCGAGUAUAUUAGGGUUACUCUCCUACUCUUCAGAGAACCAUCUUUGCUAUUAACGUUUUAAUUUGUUUUUAGAUGGUGUGUUUGUCAGCAUGUUCCCCCUGCCCAGGUGAAUGGGACUUCUGUGUUUAGUUUUUUGUAAAGGGAAGUAUUGGGCAGGCCUUUCGCUGUCAGAAAGUCCAUGGCCUUUAUAGUCCUUCUGUACAAGAAGUGAACUUUCAAAGGGAAGUUCUGGCUCCAGUUCUUCUUACCUGAUAGAGAGAAUAUUCAUGAGAUCCCCGGCUCUGCACUUUUUUAUUCUUCCUGUUCUGUGUAUGCCUCUGAAAGGCAAGUAACUCUCUUUUAUGCUUCCAAGAUUAUUUCAAAGACACUGAAGCAACUGGAAGCUGGAGAAACGAAGUGACCCACUAGGUCCAGUAACAGGGCCUGACUGUUAUUUAUACCGUGGGUCCCUUUCCCUGUUCUCAUAGUGGUGCAAAAGAAAUCCUUUAAGUAACAGAGACCCAUUCCAGGUGCCUGCGCUGCCUGUGGAAGUGAGGGAUUUUUAAAUGAUCGAGUUAUUGUGACCAGGGUAGAUUAUUUGCUAAACUCGCCCUGGUCGUAACCUCUGUAGACUCCCUGUGAGUUAGAGCUCCUUGUAAGCAGAAGCGUCCGUAUUCACUUCAGCGUUGGGAUCUGUCCCGUGCUACGCAGCUAGGAUAUUCACACACAACUGCUCUCAGCAUUGGAAUGCCCAGGGAAGCAUCUUCUCCUUUGGAGCUCUAUGAAUUAGGUCUCCGACAUGGGCCACCAGAGGAGCCACCGGCUUGGGAUUGUUGUCUCAAAUUCUUCAGGAGGAGAAAUUCUCCACCUUGCAAUAAAAAAUCAUGCGCUCUUCUAGAGAAGACACCAGCAGAUUGGCAGAGUCACUACAUAGCGGGUCUGCCAGCUCAAGGCAGUUCUUGAGCCAUCAGCAGCUCUGCCGAUAGCAGUCUUGUUAAAUAGCAGCCUCUCCCAUCACAGCAACUGCCCUGGUGAAAAGAGUCUUGUCUACGGAAUUCCUGGCCGUGCUGCUGCUAAAGCACCGACGGCUUACUCAUGUCAGGAAGGGUAGUUCAUGCAGUUUCACUGGGGAAAAUCUUUCUUCGUUACGGCCACAGCAGCCUAUUUCAGACGGGUUUUUAAAUGCAUGAAUUUGUUGCCGGGGGUAGGUGGUGAUUAACUUCAAGAUGUUUUUAGACACGUUUUGGAACAGCAAACUAUGAUGAUGAUACCGGUUAUAAACUUAAGAGGGUUGAAUCUUUCCCUUGGGAUUCAGUGCCCCCGUAACAAGCAAAACAGUAUUGGCAUGUUUUAAAAAUUUGUUUUCAUCAAGAAAAAGGAUGCCAUCCAUGUACGCCUUUCUUCUCUCACAGUUGAAAUGCAAGUGCCCUUUGAAAUAUGUUUGUGGGUUGUUUUUCUUAAUUCCUCGGCAUUUUUAGGAUAGCUGCAGGUUGCAUGCCAAGAACUACGUAAACAGGAGUGUGAAAUAGUUUUUUUUAAAAAUCCUUCACAUACAGUGAAUUUUUAAAGAGUGCAUUUUCAAAUCCGGAUGCCUCUUUUACAUAGAAUACACAAUGCAAAUCUCUACAACAAUUACUGGCUAGAUGAACUCAGAUGAUGUCUUUGUCUACAUUGCAUUCAUCUGUAAUCACCCUGAUUCUUUAGGUAAACAGUUUUAAUUGGCGGGCAAAAGAUUGCCAGGGUGGUGGUGGUGGGCCACAUCCAGUACUUAGGUGGCCUUGCAGUUCCAACAGCAGGGAUCACCUUUCUGGUGAUCGUGUUGUCCAGGCACUGCCUUUCCUCCUCCUCUCCUCUGCUGGCUGCAACUGACAGGUAAUCACUUCUGGAAUGAAUAACUGCCUUUCAGAUGGAAGGGGGAAAAAAGAGGUCAGAGAGCAAAGGAGAAGACCCAGAGCUUGCUACUGCCCUCCGGCUUCCCUGGAUCAGGAACCCCAUAUUGGUACGUUUUACUAAUGUUGGUAUCUAAAUUAACUGCAGCCUCUUUAAACGAUGGGGAAAUUAUUGUUAUCAUGGAACUUUUAAUGUGAAAGAUGGGAAUAGUUUUAAGAAAAAAUGCCUGGCAGAAGAGGCGGUGGCAUGAAAACCUGAACUGCCCUUUUCUUUUACAGAGUUAUGUGGAAAAACAGAUGCUUUUUCCGUUACCUUAAAAUGACUUGAUAGUGGAGUCUUUUUUUUCUUUUUUAAUUGCACUGCCAGAUAGCCAAAGAAACCAAUUCUGUUUCUGUUCCUGUUGCCCUCAGUGGUAAAAGACAGGUGCAUUUUCAGACUUUUUCUUGGAUUCGUCAAAGAAACAUAGUCAAGAAUCUGAUCUAAAUUAAGGCUGCUUUACACUUUACCAUUGCUGCCGCACAGAAUAAUGUCUUUUGCUUCAUGUUCGGUUGAUGGAAAACUAUGAUUCCUCAUGUCUUGUGUAAGCAGUAAAAAAGAAGACGACAGGUUUGUGUCAAUCACACACUCCUCCCCCCCCCCCAACAUAAGAAGAGGCAUUUGCGUAGGGAAACCAUGCUGUGAAGGGCCCAAGUUGCCUGUUCAAUACACUGGUGUUAAUAGCUGAUUUUCUUCUGGGUCGGUGAUGCAUUCUUGCUUCGGUAAUCAGGGUUCCCUUUGCAAACUGCCUGAUGCCUUUGUGCAAAUCCCACUCACUUCAGUGACACCUGCUCAGGACAACUGACCACUAGAUUGUACCCUCCGGCUCUUCUUUUGAAAUUGUAGUAGAUUGUUAUUGAGAACUAACCAUUUGAGGGUUCCGUACAUGUAUAGAAGAAAACACUUAUUUUUUAACGUCCCGUAAUUCUACUCAGCUUAAUCAGGAGUGUCAUUAAUGUGAAAAGUCAGGUAUCUUAAACUGGGGAAGAAUGAUAUAACCUAUUUACCCUUUUUUAUUAUGAGAGUUAUCUUACAUUAACCUCGUGAGGAGAUCUGAUGAGCAUGUGUGGAUAAGUAUCGUUAAUGCUGCCAAGCCGUUAAUGCAACUAUUUAAAAGAAAUGAAAUUUACUCAGGGUGGUGGUUUAGGGGCAGGGAGAGAGAAAGUGCCUAGAGAAAUGAGAGAUUUCCAGUGUCACUCAGUGGCCAUCGGCGUGUUACUGGAAAGUAAUCCUAUAAGCUAAAGUGUGCAGUUCAGGCUUCCUAGAACACUGCCUAAUCUCUCUUCCUGGACAGAUGGACAGAGUGCAACACACCAAAUACCGGAACACUGCAUAAACUCUGUCCUACGCUGUGCUCAAGCGUUACAGACUAAUGCACAAAAUACAUAUUGCCCUCCACACUUUGCAUGGACUAGUGCAACAUGUAAAACAGAGCAUCUAUGGCUAGCAGCAAUUUCCAGUUGUUGCCACAGGACUUUUGCUGGCAACGUAAGUUCAACAAAUUGCUGCCAUCUGUGAGCCCAGGUCAUAUGUUAACAACUUUCCAUGCAGGUGGCCAAGACUGGUCAGGAAUGUUGGUGUGGAGGGGGAAAAUUAGUGAUUCCCCCCGCGCCCUGUUUCAAAGGAAGGAGGAGGCUGUUCUCUCACCUGCUGAACAGUCAGCAGAUGAUGAUAGCUCUAGUAUCAAAGUAUAAAUACUAAAAAUCGACAUCGUACCUCCGAUUUGCCAUGUCAUAUAAAGAAAUGGCCAAUACGCUGAUGGACUCUUAUUUUUAAAAGGUUUUUUUUUUU